CCUCCCUCCCAUUGAAGGUGACCUCUGUCCUUCUCCUCUCUUCAAUUCAGACUCCCCACCACUCCCCUUUCUUAACCCUCCCCUUCUUCUCCCUUCCUUAUCAUCUCUCUGUUUCCUCCUCUGUUUCUCCUCUGCUUUCCUCUGUUUCUUCCUUUUCUUCUCAUGGGAAGGCACUCUUGCUGCUAUAAACAGAAGCUGAGGAAAGGCCUUUGGUCUCCUGAUGAAGAUGAAAAGCUUCUUAAUUACAUAACCAACCACGGCCAUGGCUGCUGGAGCUCUGUUCCUAAGCUUGCUGGCCUACAACGCUGUGGGAAGAGCUGCCGCCUUCGAUGGAUUAACUAUCUCAGGCCUGAUUUAAAAAGGGGUCCUUUCUCCCAGCACGAAGAGGAUUUGAUCAUUGAGCUUCACGCAGUCCUUGGAAACAGAUGGUCUCAGAUUGCUGCUCAGCUACCUGGAAGAACAGAUAAUGAAAUCAAGAACUUGUGGAAUUCGUGCAUUAAGAAGAAAUUGAGACAGAAAGGGAUUGACCCCAACACGCAUAAGCCUGUCUCUGUGUCGGGUGAUGCUGACAAUGACAGUGAGAAGCAGCUCCCCCCGACAUCCACUUCUCAUAGAAGCAACGAUAACAGCUCCGAUGAAGCCAUUGAAACGCCGCUGCCGAUCAUCACUUCAUCCAAUUCCAGUUCUCAAAUCUAUUCCCCAACUCAAGAGUUUUUCCGAUUCCAAACCACCACCGCCGGCAGCCACAGAGCUUCUGAAUUGGUCGAGUUUCUGUCUUUUCACAAUCUCAAUUACGUCUCUGAAAUCCCAAACCCAAAUCCCAAUUCUCUCUGUUUCAAUCAAACUUCCCACUUACUCCCUCCGCCGUCAAUUCCAUUAAAACCCACCUGGGAAGGAACCGAUUUCACCGCCGCCGCCGCCACUGCAAGUGGCGGAAGCAGCUUCUUUGACGGAGGGAACUUCCCAUGGGGACUGCCGGAGUGCGGAAAAACAGAGAAACUGAAUCCGACAGCAAUAAGAGAAGACAAGAAAUGGUCAGAGAUUAUGGAGAAUCCAUUCAUGAUGGGGAACACAACCGGAGAGCAAAAUCAAGAAUCUCAAUCUCAAAAUGAAUCAAUGUAUGUAGAGAAUUUAAGUACGGCGGCGGAAACAGAGUUCAUAACAGAGAGCGGGUGGCAGAGUCAGACACAGAGACAACAAGCUCAAGCUUCCUCGGAUGCUGUAUAUAACAAACACCUCCAUACUCUUACUGUUUCUUUCGGACAUACCCUUUAAUUCAAUCCAAUUAUUUUCCAAACCAACAUACAAGUAAAUCAGUUUUUCCUUGUUUUUUUCUUAGCCGAUGCUCUGUUUUCAUAGCUAUUACUAGAUUGUGUGCAGUGGUUGUAGUGAAAGACAGGAUUUUUCAUAAAGAAGAAUGAAAAGGAAGGUGAAUAAACAUGAGGAAAAGGAUAUGAUGAAAUAAAUGUGAGAGAUUUGUUGUGGGUUUUUCGAGAUUGUUAAUGUUUUGGUCGCUGUCUUGUCUUCCAGUUUGUUGUGUAAAAUUACAGGACAGCCAAAAUUGUGUGUUUGAGUAUGAACUUGCAGGUAUGAUAUACACAAUACAACAAAUGUCAGAAGGAGAAGACAAGGGAAUUUGAAUGAAAGAGUUGCCACUUUUUUCUUUGAUUGCUA